UCCAAGAAAACAUCUCAAACAUUCCACUAUGAAAUGGAAGUAUGUCAAGUUUUUAGUGAACAUUAUCAGUGUAUUUUUCAUAAGUGGAAUCAUCGCUAGAAGAAAUCGGCCCGAAGAUAAAACGAAAUGUCCCAAAGUGAGAGCGAUAAGAAACUUCGAUUUGCAAGAGAUGAUGGGUAAUUGGUAUGUGAUGGAAUACUACGCGAGCUCUGAGGAAGCUCUGUCCUACCGAUGCAUGCGAGCAGAUUUUGCCAUGUCCUCUCUGGAGGAUGUGAACAUGAAUUUCACCUACAGUUUCACGGACGACCCGAUCAACGAGCUGCUCAUCGGGAACAUUUCCUGGACCAUUCCCAAUGCUGCUGAGCCUGCACACUGGAUACAUUCGGAAGAUACUUAUGAAGGAGUCUACAACACAUAUGUCCUGGAUUCAGACUAUACUUCUUGGGCUCUACUGCUGCACUGUGCUGAAAAAGACAAAGUACCAAGAUACUUGUCGAGUUUCAUCAUGAGCCGGAGACCGGAGCUGGGAAUAAACGUGGUUUCGUAUUUGAGAGAUAAGCUCCCAAGGUACGACAUCGAUCUCUCCUAUAUGUUCGAUAUGGAACAAAGUGACUGUAAUUCUUCCGUGGAGAUAUCACCUUCUGUUCUUUUGAAUCGACCGGCUGUGUCUGCUAGAAGGCAUCCCUUGAAGCAUGUCCAUGGGGAAUGAUGCUAGUUUGUAUUGGUAUUGAAGUCAGUAUUGUAUUUUAUACUAUUCCUUUUCGAACAAUGUCCUUAUAAUAAUGGGAAUAAAUAUGUUUGCUAGGUA